CUUGGCCUCCCAAAGUGCUGGGAUUACAGGCGUGAGCCACCGCGCCCGGUCUGUUACUUUUUAAAAAUUGGCAUUUCAUCUUCCAAGAUUUCUGUUGUUGGUAGGAUCUUUUCUUCAGCACAUUUUCUGACCUGCGGUUGCAGAAUGAAAUUUGGGGAUCUCCCUGUCCCUCUCUGUGUGGCGUCCACCUGGCUCCGAGCGUCCCAGCUCCUCACCGGCCUCUCUGUCCCUCUCUGUCCCUCUCUGUCCCUCACUGUCCCUCUCUGUCCCUCACUGUCCCUCUCUGUCCCUCACUGUCCCUCACUGUCCCUCACUGUCCCUCUCUGUCCCUCACUGUCCCUCUCUGUCCCUCACUGUCCCUCACUGUCCGUCACUGUCCCUCUCUGUCCCUCACUGUCCCUCACUGUCCCUCUCUGUCCGUCACUGUCCCUCUCUGUCCGUCACUGUCCCUCUCGCUCCGAGCGUCCCAGCACCUCCAUGGCUUCGCUGUCUCUCUCUGAGUGGCGUCCACCUCAUGCCCCCUGGGCUGGUACCGCCCUUUUCCUCUCUGCCUCCCUGUGGGGUCCACAGUAGCGAAGGGUGGGCUCUCCCCCUCAUCCCGCCUUCCCAGCCAGAGGCAGCCUGGGCUGAGGCUGGGUCAGUUCUGUCUCCAAGGCCCUCCUCGGCUUCAUGGAUGAGGCAAGUGAGUGGGACUGAGAGUGAGGGACCUGUGACCCAUGAGAGACGGUGCUGUGCUGGGGUUGCAGGCCGCUGUGUUGAUAGAGCGAGGGCCUCCGUGCCAGAUGAGGGACCUCCAGGAGCCCUGUCACCUCACCCCCCGGACACAGGCGGUCCUCUGCGGUGGGCCGAGGUAGAGGCACACACUGCCCGCCAGGCUUGGGCUCUCGCCGCUGUCUCCGUCCUUACCAUGUCCCUCGCCCUGCCUGCAGCUGAGCACAGGCAGAUGUGGGUGGAAUCUGAGACCAGAGACAGUUGGGCUGGAGGGGGUGGCCCCGUCUCAGCUGCCGCCAGAGGCCAGAAGGCCACCAGGACACAGACUCGCGGCAGAAGGACGGAGGCCCCAGCGCGUGUCGGGCCAGGACCCCCUCCUGCUCCUGCAGGCCCUGCAGACCCUGUGGUCCAUGCGGGAGCGGCAGCAGCUCCAGGAGGAAGCCUGGCGUGGGUUUGCUGCCCUGGACGACCCCCUGGUGGGGCUUCUGGACAUGCUGGAGAGCUGCCGGGGCCAGCGGGGAGAGGGCCCCUCCCUGGAGGCCUGGAUCUCCCGCCAGCUGCAGUGCUGGCUACAGGCACAGCCACGCCCGAGCCCUGCCCAGCACAGCCUGAGGCUGAAGCAGCUGCAGGCCCGAGCGAUCCGAGUCCUCAUUGAGAGCCCCCCCAGCCUUGUGGCACCGCUGACCAGCAUCUUCCAGCUGCAGGAUGCAGACAGGAGCUGCCUGCUGGUGCAUAUCCACCGCCUCCACCACGAGGGCAGGUUCAGAGAAGCAGUCAUGCUGGGCACGACGUUGAAGCUGCAGCCAGAACUUGAUGUUGAAAAGAUGAGCGUCCCACUGCUCCUCCAGGACAAGGUGGCCCUCGUGGAGCGCUAUGUGGCUGGCUUUCCGGACCUCCAGAGGAGGCUGCUGGCCCUCAUGGAUUCCUGGUGCCAGCCCGGCUUUGACAUCAAGGACGUUGCCAGACAGUACCCUGAGGUGAGCUCCUUGAGCCUGGAGAAGCUGAGUCCGAAGGUGCUGAGCAGGCAGGUCUUGCGUCUGCAGGAGCAAUACGGCGUUGCCCCGGCGCUGUGUCCCAAUGCGGCCAUGUGGCAGCGCCUGGCGGCCCUGCGGCACCUGUGCCACAAGCGGUUUGUGGAGAAGAGCCUGUCUCAGGAAAACUGGGCCGACCAUGUGCAGGGCCUGGUGGGGCAGAGCCCGUGGCUUCAGGAGCAGCUGUCUCAGCUGCUGGUCUCCCACGGUGACCCAGUCACGGCCGCCCGGUGUGCCAUGGGCCUCUCACUGCCUGAGGAGCGGCUGCCGGCUGCGGUGGCUGUGGAACUCCGCCGGCUCAGGCUCCAGGGGAGGGCGGCUGAGGCUGACUCGAGGCUGGAGGUGAAGGAUGUGAAGGACCGUUACUACCAGCUGCCCAUCCCCAGGGAGAACAUCCACCUCCUGGCCUCGUGGGAAGACCUGACCAGAUACGAGGGUGCACUCCUGCAGCCCCACCAAGUAGUUGGUGUAGACCUGGAGUGGACACCUGUGUUCGUUGCUGGGGGCCGGCCUCGGCCGUCACUCCUGCAGGUGGCCGUGGAGGGCCGCGUGUUCCUUCUGGACGUCCUGGCACUCUCGCAGCCACCAACAGGGCAGGGAGCCCAGGCCUUCUCCCGGCUGGUGGCCCAGCUCCUCUCGGACGCCUCUAUCACCAAGCUGGGCUACGGGAUGGUGGGGGACCUGCAGAAACUGGGCACAUCCUGCCCAGCCCUGGCCCAUGUGGAGAAGCAGAUUCUGGGUGGCGUGGACCUGCUGCUGGUGCACAGACAGAUGCGGGUGGCAAACAUGCCAACCACAGGCGUGGACGGGGCCAGGGGGCUGAGGGGCCUGAGCCUCCUGGUGCAGCAGGUGCUGGGCACAGCCCUGGACAAGACACAGCAGCUGUCCAACUGGGACCGGAGGCCGCUCUGUGAGGAGCAGCUCAUCUAUGCAGCUGCCGAUGCCUACUGCCUGCUGGAGGUGCACCAAGCCCUGUGCAGAGAGCCUGCCCGCUUCCACCUGUCAGAGGACCUGGCUGGGAGCCGGAGGCCCAGGCACACAGAGAGACCAGGGGCUCAGAAGCCACCCGGCUUGCAGAAGGCAUCAGCCUCAGUCACACCCAGGCAGGUCCCUGUGGCUGUGGCUGUGGCUGAGGGCGCCGCCCCUCAGGUCCCGGCCAGGGCCUUCCGCGUGGUGUGUGACAACAUGCUGCAGGGGCUGGCACGGAGCCUCCGCUGUCUGGGUGUGGACGCACGCAUGCUGGGCAACGGUGAAGACCACCGCAGGGCGGCCGAGGUCGCCAGGCAGGAGGGGAGGAUCAUCCUGACGUCGGGGCAGCCAUUCCACAAGCUUCGGGCCCAGGUCGGGGCUGGGCGCUGCCUCUCAGUCGACUGCUCCCUGAAGGCCCAACAGCAGGCUAAGGCUGUGCUCAAGCAUUUCAAUGUGCGCGUCACCCACGCAGACAUCUUCAGCCGCUGCCAGGCCUGCAACUGUGACCAGUACCUGAAGGUCUCCAGGGACAUGAUGAAGCAGCUCGUGUGGCUCAGCGGCCACCAGGACGGGCCCAGGAGCUCAGGUGACAAGGCCACCCAGAGCCAGGAGGUGCAGGAGCCAGGACCAGCCCCAGAGGCAGCCCCUGGGGGCUGCACCUAUGACCGUCCCUGCCGCUGGCUGCAGGCUGCUGACCUGCGGGCCGAGACACCGGACACGCUGACCAAUGGCACCCGGCUGCAGCUGGCAGGGGUCCCGGUGGGCGUGCUGAGGACACCCAGCCUGCGGCACUUCUACUGCUGCACACGCUGUGGAAAGGUCUUCUGGGAUGGCUCCCACCUGGAUCGUGUUGCCACCCACUUCCGAGACGUCCUGGAGAGCGUCCCCAGCCCCUGUGAGCCGAGCCCAGCCCCCAGCCCGGCCAGCAGCCCCUUCUGAGGACAACCAGACAAUAAACAUGGAAAGUGCCCGACUGCUGGGCCCACGGCCGUGGA